AUGAUGGGAACAACCGUAAUAACGGGACCAACCGUUGACCCUGUCGUGGUCGGGACGCCUGUAGAUCCGGUAGGUGGGCCCGAUGGCUUCGUAGUCGUGCCGGAAGGGACCCCAGGUGUCGUAGCGCUUGUUUUGGGAAUCGUGCCAGGGGUUGAGCCAGGGUUCGAAGGUUCAGUUGAACCACCAGUCGAGCCACCGGGAGUGCCAGGAGUGGAAGUGGGAGUAGAAACAGGAGUCGAAUCUGGGGUAGAUGCAGGCUGGGAGGGCUUCGAGAGCGUGUUGAAGUUGCCAGAGUGGCGGAAGCUGAAGGACGAGCCUCGGGUGAUGGUGCUGAACGUGCUCGGCAUGGUCAAGGUGUCAGAACUGCCUGACGUGGUCAAGCCAUCACCACGCAUCAUCAGCGCAUCCCCGUCGGACAGAUCAUUAGCGUCGACGGCUCGCCUUUUGGUCCCGUGGCCACCGCCACCGGCAGCGGCCGCUGUCGGCGUUCUGGUAUCCCUGAUUGCCGAAGCCCUGGCAGGUGCUCCAACCAUACGAGUUGGGAGAGUUGACGUCGAUGGCACGGGCGCCAUCCGUCACGGCGUGGGUCAUCUCGUGCAGGGUCAGCAUGUCGCCGAUUCUGGCGACGUCGAUGGGCGCGACCCCGGGGUUUGCGUCCAGGAAACUCCCGUAGGCCUCGCGGCCCCUUGGCAGGUUGGCCUUCAUGUCGUUGAGGACCUUUGA